CAACAAUUUCCACUAAUAUGGCUGAUUCUGCGGUCGGUCGCAGUUGGUUAUAAGCGUUUGCUUUUGCCGCGAAGAAAGAGCGCUGUAUAAUGUGUCGUUAAUUUAGAGUUUCGAACAACCCUAGCAGUGAUGAUAAACGAAAUAACAGACGAAGAUGCUGUCCAGGCGACAAACGACGAUGCGAGUGAGUGCAAAAGGUGCGCCGUACAGCUCGGCUACUGGACGGAUCCGUUCAUUUCACUUUUCGUUAAGCAGACUAACCGAAAAGCGCCCGAAAUAAAUCGCGGCUACUUUGCGAGGGUCAAGGGGAUCGAAGUAUUCAUCGACAAGUUUCUCAAGAUGUCUGGAGACAAAAGUCAAAUAAUCAAUUUGGGUUGUGGAUUUGAUACUCUCUACUGGAAACUGAGAGAUGCCGAAAAUAGUCCGCAAAAUUUUAUAGAACUUGAUUUUCCGAGCGUCACAGCGAGAAAAUGUUACCACAUCAAAAGACAUAAGCAGCUCAUAGAUAGACUCAAUACUGAAGAUGGUGAAAUAAGUUUCUCAGCAACAGAUUUGCAUGCAGCUAAUUAUCACCUGAUGGGUAUCGAUUUGAGAAACAUAUCGGAACUGGAAAGCAAGCUUGCUCAAGCCGAGGUGGACUUCAGUGUACCGACGUUAUUUCUUGCUGAGUGUGUGCUCGUUUAUGUUGACAAAAACGCAACGUCUACUCUGCUUCAAUGGAUAGGAAAAAAGUUUGCUGACGCGCUGUUCAUCAAUUAUGAACAGGUCAAUAUGAAGGAUAAAUUUGGAGAAGUUAUGCUCUCAAAUCUUCGAGGUCGCGGUUGUCUUCUGGCUGGAGUCGAGGACUGCGAAAGCUUAGAAAGUCAGCAAAAAAGAUUUACAAUGAACGGUUGGGAAGGCUCGAACGCCUGGACGAUGGUUGAAGUUUACGACUCUCUACUAUCCUCGGAGCGAACGCGGAUAGAGCGAAUAGAAAUGUUGGAUGAACGAGAACUCCUCGUUCAAUUGUUGCAGCAUUACUGUAUCGCAGUUGCUUGGAAUGGUCAAACUUUUAAAAAUAUUUCCAUAGCUCAGGGUUAAUCCCAUCUUUUAUUCUUAAGUUUCAUAUUUGUCUGUCGCAAGGGUCGUGUUACACCAGGUAUAUAAGUAUUCGAACUGAGUCGUGUAAGAUGUGUAUAUAAAAUAACAUAUAAAAUUAAAAAGAAUUCGAAGGUAUAAUAAUGAUAGUAAUGAUAAAUGAACAAAA